AUGCUUCGAUGUACCGACUAUUACCUACUACCAAUACCUAGUAAUAGCCAAAUCAGUUGUACCGAGAAAGGAGUUCGAGAAGCUGCAGUCCCAAGAUUUGUUACUCCGGAUACAACCAACGAAACCUCCCGGACUUUACUUGCGCCUUGUAGUGCUGUCACCUAUCAGAUUCCGAUGCUUCAAAACCAUCGAUCCACUGGGGGACGUAUUCCGAUCGUGGAUGCGAAUGUUCUAGCAAGUGAAGUGGAACAGGCACAACUGCGAAUGUGUCGAUCUGGCCCAAAGAUCCAGAGUGAGUGGGCAAGGGGUGGGAGUCCGCGAACUGUGGGCUCGAUAAGGGACAUCUCCCGAUCGACCCAGACAUCGGCCCUCAUCGCCGAUCAAUGGAAAGAGGGAAUGUCUCAAGUAGGUCCGCUUCAAGAUUGGCUUCGGUGUCAAUCGGAGAAGUCAAAAUAUCGAUGCUGUUGGGUGAAGAAAGCCAAGUGUGUUGGCUUGGGACCCAGUUAG